ACCGGAUAGCUAGUUGCCGGAACACGAUUACUGUAGCACAGGAUGGCUGGAAACGCGUGGAGGUCAACGAUCGUAAAACUUCUCGAGAGAUGCGGUGUGCGGAUAAGUGGGGCGAGCAAACCUCAGGAAGUGUCCCAUGUAAUAGGAGCCAUAAAGACUCAGACGCCACAGCCCAGAACCUUCUCCAGAGGGAUUCAAACAGUAACGUUAAUCCCUGGAGAUGGAAUUGGCCCAGAGAUCUCCACUGCAGUAAUGAAGAUAUUUGAAGCAGCUAAGGCCCCUAUUCAGUGGGAAGAGAGAAAUGUCACUGCCAUCAAAGGGCCUGGAGGCAAGUGGAUGAUUCCUUCCGAGGCAAAAGAGUCGAUGGACAAAAACAAAAUUGGAUUAAAAGGACCUCUGAAAACACCAAUUGCUGCUGGCCACCCGUCCAUGAACCUGCUACUAAGGAAGACCUUUGACCUUUAUGCUAAUGUGCGUCCUUGCGUGUCCAUUGAGGGCUAUAAGACACCCUACACUGAUGUGGACCUAGUCACUAUCCGAGAAAACACAGAAGGAGAAUACAGUGGCAUUGAACAUUUGAUCGUGGAUGGAGUGGUGCAAAGCAUUAAGCUGAUCACAGAGGACGCCAGCAGACGCAUCGCUGAGUACGCAUUCGAGUACGCCAGGAAUAACCAAAGAAACAGUGUCACGGCAGUCCACAAAGCCAACAUCAUGCGCAUGUCUGAUGGUCUCUUCCUGCGGAAGUGCAGAGAGGUUGCAGAGAAUUUCAAAGAUGUGAAAUUCACAGAGAUGUACCUGGAUACAGUUUGUCUCAAUAUGGUGCAAGAUCCCUCUCAAUUUGAUGUGCUUGUAAUGCCAAACCUUUAUGGUGACAUCUUGAGUGAUUUAUGUGCCGGAUUGAUUGGUGGUCUUGGAGUCACUCCCAGCGGUAACAUCGGAGCCAAUGGUGUUGCCAUAUUUGAAUCGGUACAUGGAACCGCCCCUGAUAUUGCAGGCAAAGACCUGGCCAACCCCACGGCUCUUUUGCUAAGUGCCGUCAUGAUGCUGCGCCACAUGGGACUCCACGGUUAUGCUAAAAAGAUCGAGACUGCCUGCUUUGACACUAUACGGGACAAGAAGGUUUUGACCAAAGACCUUGGUGGAAACUCAAAGUGCUCAGAGUUCACAGCUGAUAUCUGCAGAAGAGUGCAGGACAUGGAAUGAUGCCGUGGCUUUUUCUUAUGUUAAUGGAAACUAUGUUUGGAUCUCAUCCCUAAAGAACAGACACUCAAAAAUAUAAAAUUAAUCUUUGUAUCAUUCUCAUAUCUACGCACAAUUCUACUAUAAGUGUAUAUGUAUUGUUUCUGCAAAAGCACUGUCUUAAACUCUUGUCCUAUGGUGACCGUAUUUGUGGGCUGUUUUAAUCUGUUUAAAAAACAAUUGCGUAACCUAAAAUAUACUGUAUUUAUUGACUGGAAACUCAGUUUUGUAUAUUUUAACAUAAUUCAGCCAUUCUGUAAUGUGUUUAAUGAUACCUUACAAAUUUGGAGAUCAAAUACAUAAAAUUUACUUUGAGUGAU